GCGGAGCUGCUCAGCCGCCGCCCGCCGGCCUCGCCGCCGCUCCCUAUCUCCCUCAGCGCGCCAAGCGCGGGCCAGCAGCCGGGGCGGAGGCCAGGGGCGGGCGCCGGCGGGCGGGCGGCGGGCGCCGGUCUCUAUAUGGCGGCGGCUCUGUCGGGCCUGGCUGUCCGGCUCUCGCGCUCGGCCGCCGCCCGUUCCUAUGGGGUCUUCUGCAAGGGGCUGACUCGCACGCUGCUCAUCUUCUUCGACCUGGCCUGGCGGCUGCGCAUCACCUUCCCCUACCUCUACAUCGUGGCUUCCAUGAUGCUCAACGUCCGCCUGCAGGUUCAUAUUGAAAUCCAUUGAAUGCCUUCCUCCAGCUGUGACAGAGGCGUGUCCUCAGGCUCCCUGCGUGAAAGGACACGAAAUACGAGGGAUGGAAGAGGGGCCCUUGGCAGCCGCCUGGCCACAGUGAAGACGGGGGCAGGAGAGGACUGGGACACGCUCUUACGUGG